AUGCUCAGCCAUACUAUUGCUAUUCUAUCAAUUCUCGUGUAUAUUCUUCCAAUGAUAAAUGGUCAACAAAAUUGUUCCAGCAACCUGUGUAGUGGUCCACAACCACAAAAAUGUUGUUCUGCUGUGCUUAAUGGAUCACAAUAUCAAGUUCAUUGCUGCCCCGAAGGAAAACAAUGUUGCGGAGACAACUGUUGUGAUGUAUGUUGCCAUGGUGACAUCUGUGCUACACAAGGUUCAAGUUGUUGCAAUGAUGGACGACGCUACUGUCCAGCGGGUCAAGUUUGUCACGGGGGCGGUUGUUGUUUAGGAAAACCCUGUCAUCGUGGGAUAUGUGCGAAAUGGGGAGAACCAUGUCCGAGGUAA